CCUUACGUUCCUUCCGGUUCUGCGCCCCCAUCCUGUCCCAGCCCCUCCUUCCUGCUGCCCCCCGGCUCGGCGGGGUACCUGCUCUGUCGAGAUUCCGCCGCUGAGCCCCGCCCCCAACCCGAGCCGUCCCCUAGGGCUCGCCUGCAGCUUAACAGCCCCCCUGGCAGUGGGCUCGCUUGCGGCACGCACCCCGGCAACCACGAGCCGCAGUGGGCGCGCCAGCCGUCUGCCCGCCCCGCGUGAGCGGCAGGGGCCGCCCAUAGUUCCGGGGCGGUUUCUCCGAUUGACCCGAGCUCCCCGCCCCCCUCCCGCGGCCCUGGGGGCUGUAGGAGGCCGCGGAGAGGAGGCACUGAAUUGGGCUCUUGACGAGCAGCCUCUCUUAAUCCUCAGAACGUCCCGGGGAGCUCUGCAGGGUCCCACUUCCUGGGCCAUGAGUGAGCUGAAGGACUGCCCCUUGCAGUUCCAUGACUUCAAGUCUGUGGACCACCUGAAGGUCUGUCCCCGCUACACAGCAGUGCUGGCCCGCUCUGAGGACGAUGGCAUCGGCAUUGAGGAGUUGGACACACUGCAGCUGGAGCUUGAGACCCUGCUGUCCUCUGCCAGUCGGCGCCUACGUGUGUUGGAAGCUGAAACCCAGAUCCUCACUGACUGGCAGGAUAAGAAAGGUGACCGGCGAUUCCUGAAGCUGGGUCGAGACCAUGAGCUUGGAGCCCCUCCCAAACAUGGGAAGCCCAAGAAACAGAAACUGGAAGGGAAGGCCGGACAUGGGCCAGGCCCCGGCCCUGGGCGACCCAAAUCCAAAAACCUUCAACCCAAGAUCCAAGAGUAUGAAUUCACUGAUGACCCAAUUGAUGUGCCACGGAUUCCCAAGAACGAUGCCCCUAACAGGUUCUGGGCCUCUGUGGAACCCUACUGUGCUGAUAUCACCAGUGAGGAGGUACGCACGCUAGAGGAACUCCUGAAGCCCCCAGAAGAUGAGGCUGAACAUUACAAGAUCCCGCCCCUGGGAAAGCAUUACUCCCAGCGCUGGGCCCAAGAGGACCUGCUGGAGGAGCAAAAGGAUGGGGCCCGGGCAGCAGCCGUGGCUGACAAGAAGAAGGGUCUCCUGGGGCCACUGACUGAACUGGACACUAAAGAUGUGGAUGCCCUGCUGAAGAAGUCUGAGGCCCAGCACGAGCAGCCAGAAGAUGGGUGCCCCUUUGGCGCCCUGACACAGCGCCUCCUUCAGGCCUUGGUGGAGGAAAAUAUUAUUUCCCCUAUGGAGGACUCUCCCAUUCCCGAUAUGUCUGGGAAAGAAUCUGGGGCCGAUGGGGCAAGCACCUCUCCCCGCAAUCAGAACAAGCCCUUCAGUGUGCCACACACCAAGUCCCUGGAAAGCCGCAUCAAAGAGGAGCUGAUUGCCCAGGGCCUGCUGGAGUCAGAGGACCGCCCUGCAGAGGACUCAGAGGAUGAGGUCCUUGCUGAGCUGCGCAAACGGCAGGCCGAGCUGAAGGCCCUCAGUGCCCACAACCGCACCAAGAAGCAUGACCUGCUGAGGUUGGCAAAGGAAGAGGUGAGCCGGCAGGAGCUGAGGCAGCGAGUCCGCAUGGCAGACAAUGAGGUCAUGGAUGCCUUUCGCAAGAUCAUGGCUGCGCGGCAGAAGAAGCGGACGCCCACCAAGAAGGAAAAGGAUCAGGCCUGGAAGACGCUGAAGGAGCGGGAGAGCAUCCUGAAGCUGCUGGAUGGGUAGUCCUUGUCCCACCUCAACUGCUUGCCCUCGCCUAAGGGAGGCCCACUUCCUUCUUUGGGCACCAGAAGCCUUCGCCUGGGGCUGCCCAUGAGAAGGUGACAGUCCGGAGAAGAUUGUGGCCCUUCUCAUGAAUUUUGGCCCAGCUCUGUCCAGGCGGGAUGCAGGAGGCCCUGCGGGCUGGCCUGAAGCCCAGUUUCUGCUUGGCCCCAAGAUGGGGCUUUGUGUCUAGGGCUUCCUCUUUUCCUUCUUCCCCAUUCCCCUUCCCUUCUCCCCCUCAAGGACUUUUGCCUUGUGGUUUUGUAAAGUGCAAAUUUAAGAAUAAAGUGACUGCUGUGGUUUUGCAAAAAAAAAA